GACCCAAGAAUUAUGAUAUUUUGAGCUCUCCCUCUAAUAAACUGAAAAGUAAAAAACCAUGUCGGUCGGCUUUCUCGAAUUCCUCCACUGAGAGCAGAAUAAUUUUCUCCGCCGGAUAAAGUGCCUCCGAAUCCGAUUCCCUCGCAGUAGCUACCUAGUCUACCGGAAUUCUCACAUAUCCGAUCUGGUAAUGCGUUUACUUACUUCCUUGCCUUUCUCCUUUUGUCAGUUCAUUCCGUUUUCCUUCUUGAGUUUCUGCGGAAUUAAGGUUCUGAAGUCGCUGGGGGUAUGAAUUUGCAGUCGCCGCCAUUUGACUAGAUAUGGAGCUGAAGCUAGAGAAGAAGGACGCAGCGGAUUGGGUUUACAGAGGCGAAGGCGCUGCCAAUCUAGUCCUCGCUUACUCUGGGUCUUCCCCUGAUUUCGCCGGGAAAGUGAUGAGGAUACAGAAAAAAGCGAAAAAUGGAUCGGCGGCGGCUGCCGUGCACAAUAAGCCGGUGUUGACGGACCAAGAACGUCUGUUGUGGAAAGAAGCCAAGGAGCUGGUUGCAUCUCAGAACAAAGAUGCUGUUGAGCGGUUUUUCGCUCAGCUAGUUAUGGGUCCUCUCUUGGGUCCCAAGUACGUUGAUGCUGGGGUGCUUGUAAAAGUGUCUAGGCAAUUUCUUGAGGGCAUUGAAGAGAAAGUGACUGGUCAGCGGCCGUCUUGGAGAGUUGAUGCUGCUAUGGUGGAUGUAGAACGCGAUUCCGUGCUUAUCAUGCCCGAUCACACCGUUUUCCCUCGUGGUGGUUCUAAAGGCGGAGGACCAUGCCUAUCUGUUGAGAUUAAGCCGAAAUGUGGAUUUCUGCCAUCCUCGAGCUUUAUUGCUGAAGGGAAUGCUGUUAAAAAGAGCGCAAGCCGUUUUAAAAUGCAUCAAGCCCUGAAGCUACACAAUAAAGAUAUAUCAGAGAUAAGCAAGUACAAUCCGCUGGAUCUAUUUUCAGGUUCCAAGGAAAGAAUGCAUAAAGCUAUUGGGGAUCUCUUCUCCACUCCUCAGAAUAAUUUUCGUGUGUUCUUGAAUGGUUCUCUUAUACUUGGGGGCUUGGGUGGCGGCACAAGCAAAACCAACACCGUUAUCGAACAAACCUUUGAAGAUGCCCUGAAGGGUGUCAUACAAGCAACCAAAGGCUCAAGAACUGCUAGCUUUAUGCAGCUUAUUGCCGAGACGGUCCACCACUCUGGAGUGCUUGAUCAGCUCCUCAAAGUUCAAAAGCUUGACCAUCUGGACAUCGAAGGGGUGAUUCAUGCUUAUUACAAUCUUGUAUCAAAACCUUGUAUGGUAUGCAAGGAUUUGAAUGAAGCAAAAGCUUUACAUGGUUGUGAAUCCUUGCACUCGAUUCCCAUGGAUGAGAGCUUGAAGAUUGUGAAGGAUUAUUUGAUAGCUGCCAUAGCUAAAGACUGCAGUAUGAUGAUUAGUUUUGCGCCAACAGAUGAUGUAGAUGUUGGAUCUCAGUACAGUUCUGUUCGUAUACCUUCAACUAAUCAGAAAUUUGACUACAAGGUGAGUUUCAUUGACUUGGAUUUGAAACCCUUGAAGAAGAUAGAAGAGUACUAUGAAUUAGACCAGAAGAUAGUGAAGUGCUAUAAUCGGGUGGCGGGAGGAGAUCACGCGAAAGGCGCUCCUGCAAGCACAGAGUUACCUAGAGAUGCUAAUUGAGCAUCUGUGGAACUGUAAAAAUCAAGUGUAUCAAGCCGAACAUAUGCCGGUAAGUUUGUCGAGUUAACCGUUGUUGUAAUGCUUGUACUACUAUAUCCAUUUGUACAUGAAAACCAAUACGUUACCCGGAAACCCAUGACAUGGUGUGUAAUGUGUACUUUGGGUUUGACUCCAAUAAAUGAAUGGUUAUCGAAGCUGUGUGUGACUCAAUGAUUGAAAUGUGAGCGUAUUUGAGCAUUUGCGUGACUCAUCACCGAGGACGACAACAACCACCACCUCUCCUACGCCGCCGAUGACAACAACCACCGCCUACGCAGCCGGUACCUGGACCUCUCCACCAUCCUCCCCCACCGAAUCUGCCCCGACAAUCUCCUCUCCAAGGACGUUCCCCUGAUGAGCACCUUUUCAAUUUGUAAUUAUAAUAUUUUUUUGUUUUAUUUUACUUUAUUGUGAAAAUGAGUUGGAAAUGAUAGAAGAUUAAAAUUAUUUUAUCUAUUAGUUUUUAAUUGCCACGUCACUGAGUUAACGGUCAACUUUGAGGGUUGACUGCCACAUUAGACAAAUUUAACGGAGUUGGACGGAGAGUGACCAAACUUGAACCAUUUAACUAAUUUGAGUGAACAAGAUUGGAUUUAAAUAUUUACAGUGACCAAAUAUGAACGUUUUUUGUAAUCUCAGUGACCAACCAUGCAAUUAACCUAUUAGUAUGCUAUCCGAACAAAAUGGGACACAGCAGACUGCAUUGACGAAAACAUCUUCGGUAAAUUCACAGCAAUGGAGCCCGUAAUUUGAACUAAGAAAGACCCCAAAAUUUUAACUUAAGAGAUUGCAACAAUAAUAAUUGAAAAUUGAGUUGUCAUUAAACUUUCAAUUACAGCCCACGGCCUAAUCUUAACACAAAGAAAGUGGUAUUUCGGGUUUGCAUAUUUGCUAAUGCGGUCAUGGACUCAAGGGCAACUUUGGGAUAUGUUUUUUCAUAUUUAAGGGUACGUCUGUUUUUGUUUUUUAAAGUUUAUAUAUCACGUGUUAUUGAAAUGAAAAUAUUAUCCUAACACUAAUAUAAAGAGGUUCUCCAUGGGACAUGAUUAAUUUUAAAUUUCCUACAUUCUGAGUAAAUUUAGGAAGGAUAUUUGUGUCUUUUAAUUAAUAAAUCAUAAUCCUAUCCUCCUAACACUAAUAUAAAGAGGUUCUCCAUGGAGACGUGCUUAAUUCUAAAUUUCCUACAUUCUGAGUAAAUUUAGGAAGGAUAUUUGUGUCUUUUAAUUAAUAAAUCAUAAUCCUAUCCUCCUAUCCUAACACUAAUAUAAAGAGGUUCUCCAUGGAGACGUGCUUAAUUCCAAAUUUCCUACAUUCUAAGUAAAUUUAGGAAGGAUAUUUGUGUCCUUUAAUUAAUAAAAGUCCAAACAAAAUACUUUUAUUAAUUAUACUAAUGUAAAACGAGCUUUAGCAGGAAAUUAUUAUUAAACCAAUUAUUAUAUUAUUAAUUUUAGUUAGGAAAUUGGUAGUGUGAAAUUCGGGCGAGGGUUGAGAAGUGUGGGUAUAUAAGUUUAGUUUGUUCAUAUUAUUUUAUUCUAUGGUUAAGUGUUUGAUGCAAAUUCGACUUUUGUUAAUAAACUUAUUUGAGUUUU